AUGUAUGGCCUGCUGCUGGAGAAUCUCUCGGAAUACAUUAAGUCUGUGUAUGGUGAGGAGAAAUGGGAGGACAUUCGCCGACAGGCGGGCAUAGACUCGCCAUCAUUCAGCGUCCAUCAAGUGUAUCCAGAGAAUUUGUUGCAGAAACUGGCCAAAAAGGCACAGCAGGUGUUGGGCGUUUCAGAGCGUGAGUUCAUGGACCAAAUGGGAGUGUAUUUUGUGGGCUUUGUCGGUCAGUAUGGCUACGAUCGGGUGCUAUCUGUUUUGGGUCGCCAUAUGCGUGACUUUCUCAACGGUCUGGACAAUCUGCACGAGUAUCUUAAGUUUUCUUAUCCACGUAUGCGCGCCCCAAGCUUUAUAUGCGAAAAUGAGACGAAGCAGGGACUUACUUUGCAUUAUCGGUCGAAAAGGCGAGGCUUUGUCUUCUAUACCAUGGGACAAAUACGCGAAGUGGCUCGCUAUUUCUACAAUAAGGAGAUGCAUAUUGAGCUAGUACGUGAGGAAAUUCUCUUCGAUACGGUCCAUGUGACCUUUCAGCUGACCUUCGAUAAUCGUGCGUUUACCCUCGCAUCGCUGGCUAUGACCCGGGAGGAGAAGCAUUUGCCCAUUAGUGCUCACGUGUUAUUCGAAAUAUUCCCCUUCUGCAUUGUUUUCGGUGCCGAUAUGGUUGUUGGAAGUAUCGGAAACUCAUUGAUGGUCAUAUUGCCGGAGUUGCUGGGCAAGAAAAUAACGGCAUGGUUUGAUUUGGUGCGUCCCUUAAUUGCAUUCAAAUUUCAAACAAUCCUCAAUCGGACAAACAACAUAUUCGAGUUGGUUACCGUGGAUCCAGUGACGGAUCGGAUUGAUGCCCAAAAUGAGGAUUUACUAUUACACGAUGAUGGCAGUGAGCCAGAAAAAUCAUUGCGACUUAAAGGCCAAAUGGUUUAUAUGGAAAAUUGGCGGAUGAUCAUGUUUUUGGGCACACCAGUCAUGCCGGAUCUGACCUCACUUAUCACCACGGGUCUCUAUAUAAACGAUUUAUCCAUGCACGACUUCAGCAGAGAUCUCAUGUUGGCGGGUACACAACAAUCAGUGGAACUCAAACUAGCUCUGGAUCAGGAACAGCAGAAAUCCAAAAAGCUCGAGGAGUCCAUGCGCAAACUGGAUGAAGAAAUGCGACGCACCGAUGAGUUAUUGUACCAGAUGAUACCCAAACAAGUGGCCGAUCGCCUGAGACGUGGCGAGAAUCCGAUAGAUACCUGUGAGAUGUUUGACAGCGUUUCAAUCUUGUUCUCAGACAUUGUGACCUUUACUGAAAUUUGCAGUCGCAUAACCCCAAUGGAGGUAGUUUCCAUGCUGAAUGCUAUGUACUCUAUUUUUGAUAAACUGACUGAGCGCAAUGCCGUUUACAAGGUUGAAACCAUCGGAGAUGCGUACAUGGUUGUUGCCGGAGCGCCAGAUAAGGAUGCCAAUCAUGCCGAAAAAGUUUGUGAUAUGGCUCUGGAUAUGGUCGAUGCGAUAACUGAUCUGAAGGACCCCUCAACGGGUCAGCACUUGCGCAUACGCGUGGGCGUACACUCGGGCGCGGUUGUCGCAGGUAUUGUUGGCCUUAAGAUGCCUCGAUACUGUCUGUUUGGCGACACUGUGAAUACGGCAUCACGUAUGGAGUCCACCAGCAUAGCAAUGAGAGUGCAUAUAUCAGAGUUCACCAAAGUACUCAUAGGCCCCAACUACCUAAUAUCUGAUCGUGGAGAGAUCGACGUAAAGGGCAAGGGCACGAUGAAAACCUAUUGGCUGGAGGAACGCGAGGGUCGUCUACCACUUCAAAUGUCCGCUGCACUGUAUCCCAUGUCGGGCACAUUUGCUGUCAGUUCUGUUCCAGCCACGCCAACAGGCAAGCCUAUUAUGCCGGCACCAAAAGGGGUUAACCCAGCGACCACAUCCACCGAGCCAGCCAUGACGACAGUAGUGACAGCUGCCGUGAAAUCUGCUCAUACCGCUACAGUCAGCGAUGAAAGAAGCAGCCGUAUCUAUUCACCGGUCACCUUUAAGGACGUGGCCCGUCGAAGCAUUGCCAAUUCGCCGGUGCGUGGCGACACUUGUGAAAAGCGCCGGGAGUCACGAUCCAAUUCGACAGGCCACGUUUUUUCUCGGUCACCCAGUGAUAUUUUCGGAUCACUUAUUCUAGACACCGAAGAGUUUCUCGAGGAUUUGCAAAUAUCACGAGGAUCGCUGACCAACAACAAUAAUCCGCCACCAGAUGCCUUCAGUCCGACUCCACCUUUUCGCAUUGGCAGUGCGCCGUCGAAGCCUAGAUCGAGCAACCCCGACCAGUUUACCCCCGAAGAGCUGGCAGCUAUGGAUCAGCUUACCCCGCCCUCUACUGCGCCUGCUCGAGAAUCGGCCACAUGUAGCGGUAGCUUAAAGCCGUCCACCUCGAGCGCCUCUCUGGAUAAGAACAAGUCGAGAAAAAUUACCUUUUCGACUAGUACUACAGUAGAGGCUGGGAGCACACCUACGGCAUCUGUAAUCAACACAGCAGUGGCACCUGCCCUGCCUUUAGGCUGUCCCAUGGGAUCGGGUUCGCCGUCGAACAUAAUUAAAGCCAUAGCUCAGGUCCCUAUUAACAGCAACAGUCGACCCAGCUCCAAGGAUUCCAUGACGUCCAUUUCGUUACAUUCUCCACCACCAGUGCGGGCUACAUCCGCGCCAGCACCAAUGUCCAAGGCAGCACGCAAGGCUUUCCUUGCCGCAAAACAGACCAAGGCUAUGGAGAAAUUGGAUAAGAUGAUCGAAGAGGCACAGGAAGUGGAGUCUCAGCCGGGAGCCAAAUCGGCUAACAUGCGGACGUCUUUUUUUCCCCCAGGCGACGCAGAUCUGUCCGUAGGUGGAUGUCCUCUCUUCUUGCCGCCACCGCCUCAGUCAUCCUCUACACGAGCCCUAAUACCAAGUUCCAUAUCCGACAACAGCAUAUGUAAUCACGGGCACAGUCAUGCCCCGAACUGUCAUCACGCGCUCCAUGUAUCGAAACUGAGCAAUAGUCAGAGUUUCACGCACUCACGUGCCUCGGGCCCCAUCACGCACCAGUGCUGCAGCGGAUUCGGCCACUCCAAUGGGCGUCAUUCGCAUCGCAUGCACUCCAAUGCUUGUCGAAUAUUGUAA